CACUUGUUAGACACACUUUCUCAAAACAUAACUGAAAAAAUUGUUUAGUAACACCACCCAAAAUGCUUUUAGUUUUUUUUCCCCCAGUUAUACUUAAAUCUGUAGUCCAAUACAUUUGCUGCUUUUCCAAAUACAAAUCCUCACCCCUCCAAACCUAAAGGGAUAGGUACGAACACUGAAGAAGAUAAUCAGAGCUAUAAAUGGUUAAGACAGUAGGAAAAGCUUCAUUGGAGGAAAAUGUCCGCCCACUUGCAGCUACAUGCAUGUAUGUCUAGUUAUCUUACUUGGGCCCUUGAACAAGAGGACAUUAACUGAAAUUAUCAGGAAGAUCACAACACACAUUUCUUCCAAUUACUCUUCUGACUAGCAAUGGGAAAAGUACUUUCUUAGACCUAACUCACAAAACAUAAAAUGCCAAAAUUGGUAACGUUCAUUUUACCUCGGUCUUUGUUAUCUAAAAACAAGGGAAUUUUGGAGAAAAAAAAAUUAUCACUUUGAUCGACUCCUAAAUAAGAUUCGUAAAGCAUCCAAAUGAGUCUGAAGCCACUACUAGUACUGGAGUAAAUUAUGUGCCACCAAAUGCUUGGGAAGGUCUGAAAUUACUUGAUAACUGAAGUAGAUGACAUAAAAUACACACACUUAAUUAUCCAGGCCUGGGAUGACAAUUCAGAACAUCACGUUAUAUUUGGGUUCUUAAAGAAACUACAGGAACUUCCGGAAGCCACAAAGUCAAUUUUGGUCAAGAAAUGAUGUUUUUGUCAACUCUAAGAUGAUCUCAAUAAAACUGGCCCUGGACACAUACUAGGUUACUAAGUGUAGUUACAGCAGAAUUUUAGGAACAAUCACGUUUUUAAAAGGAAAAGGGCAGUCAUAAUUUGACCUCAUCCACACUACACAAAAAUACCGAAAUCAGCUAGAGAACUAAGAGGCCUCAAGCCUGAAUUCAUCCCCACUUGCGAUAAAACACAUCUGCCAAUCUAUAAUUAAAAUACAGGGACACUUUACUACCCUGAAAAUCAGGACGAGAUCCCGCCGGGCCCGGAGGACGUUUUCAGAAACAUCUCCGCGUGGCGUCCCGGGCGCCCUUCUCCCAGGCACACUCCUGGUUGCGGCGCUCUCGAGAUACUGUAGCGUCGUCCUUACGCCUGUCGACGUUACCCUCUUUCCCUUGGAUACAGAAAAUGACCCUAGGCGCGAAAUUCACCCACAGUCCCUCCCCGAGUCUGCAACCAAUAAAAACCAACUACUCUUUCUUGAGGUCUUCAAAAAUGCAAGCCAACCGGGGUUGCCGCGCCGGUCUCACCCACCACCCCGGAAGUAGAAGCAACACAGUCUCAACAAGAGAAUGCGCACAGAGGAGGCGCCAAAAUAAACUCCACUCUCGCGAGAUCUUAAACACAAGUCUCGCGACAUCCUUCUGCCUCUCCUUGUUUUUUUUUUUUUAGCCCCACCCCCACACCAGUUCGUUGCCUCAAAACAUCGCGAUAUUUUCUCCUUUCAGUCUCCGCCCCUUUACGGCACGAUGGUCGCACAAGAAUGUGAUAGAGGCUCGACGGCCGCCAUUUUCUUUCUUUCUUAGCAGUUGGCUGAGGGAAGGUGUCUGCGAAGAAGCGGCAGCGGCCACUGUAGCGUAGGCAUGGCAGACUACUCAACAGUGCCUCCACCUUCUUCUGGCUCAGCUGGUGGUGGAGGCGGCGGCGGCGGUGGUGGGGGAGUUAACGAUGCUUUCAAAGAUGCGCUGCAGAGAGCACGGCAGAUUGCAGCAAAAAUUGGAGGUGAUGCUGGUACAUCACUGAAUUCAAAUGACUAUGGUUAUGGGGGACAAAAAAGACCUUUGGAAGAUGGAGAUGGCUCUUGGACAAGUCCGAGCAGUACAACACACUGGGAGGGAAUGCCCUCUCCUUUUAAAGAUCAACCAGAUGCUAAGAAAGUUGCUCCUCAAAAUGACUCUUUUGGAACACAGUUACCACCGAUGCAUCAGCAGCAAAGGUCUGUAAUGACAGAAGAAUACAAAGUUCCAGAUGGAAUGGUUGGAUUUAUAAUUGGCAGAGGUGGUGAACAGAUUUCACGCAUACAACAAGAAUCUGGAUGCAAAAUACAGAUAGCUCCUGACAGUGGUGGCCUUCCAGAAAGGUCUUGUAUGCUAACUGGAACACCUGAAUCUGUCCAAUCAGCAAAACGAUUAUUGGACCAGAUUGUUGAAAAAGGAAGACCAGCCCCUGGCUUCCACCAUGGUGAUGGACCAGGAAAUGCAGUUCAAGAAAUCAUGAUUCCAGCUAGCAAGGCAGGAUUAGUUAUUGGAAAGGGGGGAGAAACUAUUAAACAACUUCAGGAGCGGGCUGGAGUUAAAAUGGUUAUGAUUCAAGAUGGACCUCAGAACACUGGUGCUGACAAACCUCUUAGGAUUACAGGAGACCCAUACAAAGUACAGCAAGCCAAGGAAAUGGUGUUAGAGUUAAUCCGUGAUCAAGGUGGUUUCAGAGAAGUUCGAAAUGAGUAUGGGUCAAGAAUAGGAGGAAAUGAAGGGAUAGAUGUCCCCAUUCCAAGAUUUGCUGUUGGCAUUGUAAUAGGAAGAAAUGGAGAGAUGAUUAAAAAAAUACAAAAUGAUGCUGGUGUUCGAAUUCAGUUUAAGCCAGAUGAUGGAACAACACCUGAUAGAAUAGCACAAAUAACAGGACCUCCAGACCGAUGUCAGCAUGCUGCAGAAAUUAUUACAGACCUUCUUCGAAGUGUUCAGGCUGGUAAUCCUGGUGGACCUGGACCUGGUGGUCGAGGAAGAGGUAGAGGUCAAGGCAACUGGAACAUGGGACCACCUGGUGGACUACAGGAAUUUAAUUUCAUUGUACCAACUGGGAAAACUGGAUUAAUAAUAGGAAAAGGAGGUGAAACCAUAAAAAGCAUAAGCCAACAGUCUGGUGCAAGAAUAGAACUUCAGAGAAAUCCUCCACCUAAUGCAGAUCCUAAUAUGAAAUUAUUUACAAUUCGUGGCACUCCACAGCAAAUAGACUAUGCGCGGCAACUUAUAGAAGAAAAGAUUGGUGGUCCAGUAAAUCCUUUAGGGCCACCUGUACCCCAUGGGCCCCAUGGUGUCCCAGGCCCCCAUGGACCUCCUGGGCCUCCAGGGCCUGGAACUCCAAUGGGACCAUACAACCCUGCACCUUAUAAUCCAGGACCACCCGGUCCUGCUCCUCAUGGUCCUCCAGCUCCUUAUGCUCCCCAGGGGUGGGGAAAUGCAUAUCCACACUGGCAGCAACAGGCCCCUCCUGAUCCAGCUAAGGCAGGAACGGAUCCAAAUUCAGCAGCUUGGGCUGCCUAUUAUGCUCACUAUUAUCAACAGCAAGCACAGCCACCACCUGCAGCUCCUGCUGGUGCACCAACUACAACCCAAACCAAUGGACAAGGAGAUCAGCAGAAUCCAGCUCCAGCUGGACAGGUUGAUUAUACCAAGGCUUGGGAAGAGUAUUACAAGAAAAUGGGUCAACAAGGGCAGACACAAGAUUAUUCAAAAGCUUGGGAGGAAUAUUACAAGAAGCAAGGUCAAGCGGUUCCUGCUCCUACUGGUGCUCCACCAGGUGGUCAGCCAGAUUAUAGUGCAGCCUGGGCUGAGUACUAUAGACAACAAGCAGCCUACUAUGCCCAGACAAGUCCCCAGGGAAUGCCACAGCAUCCUCCAGCACCUCAGGGCCAAUAAUAAGAAGUGGACAAUACAGUAUUUGCUUCAUUGUGUGGGGGAAAAAAACCUUUGUUAAAUAUAUGGAUGCAGACGACUUGAUGAAGAUCUUAAUUUGUUUUUGGUUUAAAAUAGUGUUUUUUUUUUUUUUUUUGAAAAUGUACAAAAUAUCUAUCACUACUGAUAGGAGGUUAAUAUUUCUGUGUAGAAAUGAAAAUUGGUUUGUUUUUAGUAUUUAGUGUAGAUGUACACAUUCCAGCAAAUGUAUUUGCAACUAUUAUGUGGUCAAUGCUUUGUGAUAUAAAUGUACUUUUUCAAUGUAUACUUUCACUUUUAAAAUGCCUGUUUUGUGCUUUACAAUAAAUGAUAUGAAACCUCCUGUGUCGGUAAGUUGGAUAUGUGGGUAUUUAAAGGAUUCAUAAUUUCUUAGCAAUGAUAAAUUAAGAUACAUAUACACAAAUAUAUAAGCUUUCCCCAUGAAAUAUUAAUUGAGUUUUUAAACACUGGCAUGUUUUUUCCCCCUUGCAGUAUAGUAGUAGAUUGGAGGAUCUUUUCCAUUUAUUGUAUUUGGCUGUUUCAGCACAAGUAAUCCUGAUAUCUUCAUUUUUUUUCCCUUCUGUUUGAUUAAAACCUGCAUGUGUGUACAAUGAUCUUUUGGCAUACUUCCAUUGAAUUAACAGUGAAAUUUCCUUUUAUACAUGACCACUGUUUCAGAUCUGUACUGCUGCUAUAACAGUUAACCUUUCUGUUCUUAAUUUAAUAAUUACUUGAUUUCCAAGACUGUUUCAGCAUAACUAAUUUUAAACAGUUUUCGGAUAGUGAGUAUGAGUAGUUGAAUAAGAAGUUUUUUCAUGUAAAGAAACUUUCAAUGUAUACAAUAUUAGUGUGUUUCUUUUUAAAUUUAGGGUAGAAAAGUGAAUAGUAUGCAAAAAGUAUAGCUACAGUGCAUCUGCCAUUGAAACAUUAUUGGGGUAUGGAAAUGUUCAAGCUUUUUCCUUUUUUUUUUUUCUUUUUGCAGUAUAGAUAAGCUUUGUUUUGUAAAUGCACAAGUCCAAUCAUUGAAUCAACUUAAUUUUUUAUGUACUUGAAAUCACUUUAUUACUCUAUAACACUCAUGCUGAAGUUCUGAUAUUUUGUUGAAAUCCAUUGUUUACUCUUUGCAUAUUUGUUGGCUCUUUGCAUAUUAAUAUAUUAGACUACAUGCAAAUACAGUCUGUCUUGCCAUUGUCUGUUGAAGUGCAGGUUUGAUCCAGCCAGUAUAGAACUAGCUCUGUAGGGGUGAGGAGGACUGUGCUGUGUAUCAUCCUUGAUUGUGUUCCUUCAAGGAGCAUUGCACUUGCCUUCCCAGACCUUCCACCUUAGGUUCUGCUGCAAAAAGCAACAGUGCUGAAGAUGCUGCAAGCACCAAAUCAUAGCUCAUAAAAUCAGGUCCUGAGAUAGUUACCCAUAAAGAGGAAUCCUUUGAGUGUAUGCCAUUGGUGAGCCGAUGAGCAUGGACCAUAGAAGGGCUCAAUGUAGAAGGUAAAAUUGGCAAAUCAUAAUUGAAAAAUAUGAAAUGUAUUCCCAUACAUAAUAUGGUAUAGGGUGUAAUGUACCUGCUUUUGAUCACUUUUCAUUUUAAAGUGCUAUUCGCUUGAUCUUAAAUGUUCCAUGAACUGUUAAAUUUUGUAAGUUAUGUAGUUACUGCACCACAUUUAUGUGUGUGUAUGUAUUGUUUUAAUAGAUGAUAGGUAUGUUAAGAAUGGUAAUAUAAAGGAGCUCUUUGAAACUAAAGAGCCUGUCAAGUUUUGGUUAGUCGUAGUUUGCAUUUUUAUAAAAUAUAGAUGAAUGCUAAUAGAUUUCGGGGCAUUGUUUCUAUCUCGAGAGUUUUUUUUAUUCAUUACCAUAAGCCUUCACUGAUACUGCAUUUUUUUAAAAUGGCGCUAAUCUUAACCAUGAAAUAAAUGGAAAGCAGAAAAGGUGAGCCAGUUGACUUGAAUGCAAUGGAUGUUAGGAGUGGUAGAAACAAUGUUUAGAUUGAAAUUGAACUGAUUUAUUUUAUUUAGCACUUAAAAAAAAACUUGACAAUGUGUUCCGUUUUUUAAAAGAUAUUUUAGUGUGGUGAAACGUAGAAUUCUUAUGGUUUCAUGUUUCUUUUAAAAAUGAAAAGUAUACUUUUACUUUUAAUUAAUGAAAAUGGUCUUAAUACUAAAACUAGAGAUUUAAUACUAGUUGUUUAUAAACAUUAUAAAAUAUUUCCUUAGCCAAGCACCUUGGUAGUUAAUUCAUAAGGGUGGGUUUGGGUAGGAGUAGCAGAGUACCUUAAGAGGGAAAUAGGAAUAUAUGCAGAAGUGAUAACAUUUGUUUGAAUACUCUGCCAGGAGAACCAGCUCUACCUGCAAACAUCUGUUGUCUAGAAUAAGGAUGUAGAAAUGAUCAAUGAGGAUGUCUUUUUAUUUUCUGAAAAUUCUGCCUCAUUUUAAAAUGUAUUUUAACAAUACCUAAAGAUAAUUUUGACUCUGAAAAUAACCUUAUUUUUUGUUUAGUCACUUGAGUUUUCUUGCCACAGUAUAAAUUUCUGAGGGAUUUUUUAAACUGGUGCUUUUAAGAAGCAAAUCCCAAGGUUUUAUUUUCUUCAAUGAUAGCCCUAUAGAAACUCUUAAAUGUAUUUGCGCAUAUAUAUAUAUAUUUUUUCUUAUGCAUGCUCGAUGCAUUUUCGUCCUGAGAAAAGUGUUCUCUACAGAAACUACCCGUGUGUAAAAAGAAGAUUGGCUUAAAAUGGCUACUGUGAUGGGAACAGUGUCUUAGGGAGAUGCAGCUUGGACUUGAGGUAAAUUGAAUACUUUACAAACUGUGGUUUAGAGUUUGCUUUAAUGACAUUGUAUGUAAAAGGGCACAUGAUUGCUGUAAUUUUGUAUUGAUUAUGGUUUCCUCAAUAAAAAAAUAAAUGUACAUUGAUCAAUAUUA